GGAGAAAUGAAAGUGAAACUAUAAAUGAGAAAAAUCAGGGAAUUUCUCCUCCAGUGAUAUUUUAACACACUGAAUGAGGUAUAUAACGUAAUAGAUGAACACAGUUAAUACAUAAAACUCAAUCUAUUUACAAUGCAUAUUAAUGCACUAAAUGACAUCAAUUCCUGAUUGAGGAUGUUAUGCCGGGAUAACUCUGACUGUGUUUGGAUGGUCAUAUACAUCUGGCUUGAAGGACAGAACGCAGAAGUUUCUCUCCUGGUUCAUCAUGGCUCUAUCCUCACAAUUACAGGACACAGAGUUGACAUCUCCAUACAAGAGUUUACAUGAUAAUUAUGUGUCCCGUAAAAGAGACUCAAAGUGUCCCACCACCGCACUGGCGGCCACUGGAGGUUUGAUUGUGUUGGGUGUUUUAUUGGCCAUUACAGUAAUCGAGAGAUUAAAUUAUGAAGAUGAGAUUCGUGAGGCUUUAAAUCCUCAUCCGACUGUGACCGUCUCUAAACAUCAGAGUCUCGAGCAGAGCAGGAUUGUUUUGGUUGAGAGUAUUCCUCUCUCUGUGGAUUAUGGGAUGAAUGUGACCUUUGGAAAAAGUCUGUAUGAAGCCUGGAAAGAUCUUCUGUCUUUGGCCACAGAGGAGAUUGAUGUUGCAUCUUUCUACUGGUCUCUUACUGGUGAAGACAUAAACGUCAACUCGUCUACAGACACAUCUGGUAGAGAUAUAUUAGAAGAGUUCAAAGCUUUACCAUCCAGAAAUGUGUCUGUACGUGUGGUGACCAGCAUUCCCACCCUGGCUUACAACUCAACAGACUUAAAGAUCCUCAAAGAAAACGGUGCACAGAUAAGAAGAGUAAACUUUGGGCGUUUGACUAAAGGAAUACUUCAUACCAAAUUCUGGAUUGUGGACAGGAGACACAUUUACAUUGGCAGCGCCAACAUGGACUGGCGAGCUUUAACGCAGGUUAAGGAACUGGGUGUGGUGAUUUAUAACUCCAGCAGUUUGGCUACAGACCUGCAGAAAAUCUUUCAGUCGUAUUGGGUGAUGGGUCGCUCCAACUCCUCCAUCCCUGACCGCUGGCCGUCCACCUAUGACACCAAUAUUAAUGAAGAGCAUCCGCUGCUGGUCGACCUCGAGGGAAUAGCCAGUAAAGUCUUUAUAACGGCGUCUCCACCUGCGUUCUGUCCGGACUCUCGCACUCGUGACCUUGAUGCCAUUCUGUCAGCUAUCAGAGAUGCCCAAGAGUUCAUACACGUGUCUGUCAUGGAGUAUUAUCCGGCUUCAAAGUUCUUUCAUCGUCACGGAUAUUGGCCGACCAUUGAAAACGCUCUGAAGCAUUCUGCCUUCGAGAAGAACAUCUCUGUGUGUCUGUUGUUCAGCUGCGGUCUUGAUACCGACCCGUCUGUGUUUCCCUUCCUCAGAUCAUUAGAUGCUCUUUAUUCCCCGUCAGACCGCCUCAACAUUCAAGUGAGGUUAUACGUUAUUCCAGUUGGGAAUCAGUCACACAUCCCAUAUGCUAGAGUCAACCACAAUAAAUAUAUGGUGACAGAUAAAGUGGCUUAUAUAGGGACGUCUAAUUGGUCAGCGGAUUACUUCAACACGACUGCUGGUGUGGGUUUGAUGAUUUCCCAGAAUGCUUUGCGUUCUGCGUUACCAGAAAACUCAUUUCAUAGGCAGAUGAGUUUGGUGUUUGACAGAGACUGGAAUUCACAAUUUGCAGUUCCACUUUCUGAACUCAAUCAAAACCAUGAUUGUGUCUUUUCUAAAUCCACAUAAUAGAUCAUAAUUUAUUAAAAA